AUGACGCAAUAUGAACAAGCGAAAUGUUUCUAUCCAGGAAAUUAUGAUCGUACUUCCUGGGAUCGUAUCAUUGAUAUCCUCAACAGUAGGUGUUAUCAGGAUAUACCAACUGUUAACAGUGCUUCCAUCGUCGAUGAUUUAUUAAAUUUGUCAAGAUUUGGUUCGCUUGACUAUGAAACAGGUUUAUAUGGUUUACAAUACAUCAAGCGGGAAAGGGAUUAUUUGCCCUUGGAAUCAGCGUUCUCUGGACUUACUUACCUCGACCGACGGUUCUCUGGACAUGAUGAGUCUUAUACACAGUUCAAGAAAUUUGUGCUAGAUCUCAUCGAAGAUGUAUAUGAAGAUGUCGGUUACAUGGAUCGUGCGGGUGACGACAGAUUAACUGUAUUAUUAAGAAGUAAACUGAACAAAUGGGCUUGCAAGUAUGAUCACCCAGGAUGUGUAGAUACCUUCACUAAAUUGUUUCAAGAUUGGAAGAAGAACCCUAGUUUAACCAUCACACCGAACCAAAGACCCACAGCAUACUGUACAGGUAUUCGAAAUGGAACGAAAGAUGAUUGGGAAUUCUUGUGGAAUCAGUAUUAUAACUCAAAUUCAGCUGCUGAACAAGCAGUCAUACUACAAGCUCUUGGUUGCACUGAAAAUCCCAGUCUUUGGGAAAGAUACUUAUUGGAUACACUCAAGAGUUUCGAAAAAAGCAGAAUUCACAGACAAGACAGUACCUCUGUUUUCGCCGCGAUUUCCGGUUCUGGACGUCUUGGAGCGGACUUUAUUUUGGACUUCGUUGACAAAUACCAUACAAAAAUGAUCGAAUUCUACAAUGAAACAAGUACAAUUGCCAGUACAUUGUCAUCAGCGUCACAAGAAUUCUCCACGCAAGAAUCAAUCGAUAAAUUCGAGAAAUUAAUCAAGACACACCAAACAGAGUUUAAAGAAAUUUCAGACUCUCUGAACAAUUCUCUCGAAAUUGCGAAAUACGAAUUACUUUGGUUCAACAAAUACAGUGAUGCUAUAAUAUCGUGGAUAAAUAAAGCUAACAAUACCACCGUAGAUUACCGAUUACCUACGAGCAUCGUACCACUAACAUAUUUCAUUCACCUGAAACCAGAAAUUGCACCCAACGAUACAUUUCCCUUUCAUGGAACAGUAAAAAUAGCAGCAGAAGUCAAUGAACGCACAAAAGUAAUCUUUCUACACUCCUCGGGACUAGUACACGAUGCAAUUAAUGUUUCCGUCGACUACAAGAAUUUGAAUAUCGUGAAAACAGACGCAAUUAAGAAAUACGAUUUCAUGACGAUAGAACUUGCUGAAGAAUUGAAAAUUGGCCAGAUUGUGAAUAUUCAAAUAAGUUUCAGUGGCACACUGAACGAUGAGAUGCGUGGAUUUUAUAGGACCUGGUACUAUGAUGAUAGUGGUCGUACAAGAUGGUUGGCCGCCACCCAUCUGGAGCCAGUUGGUGCCAGAAAAGUUUUCCCCUGCUUCGACGAACCCGCACUGAAGGCAAACUUUACGAUGGAAGUCGUUGUCGCAGAUGGCUACAGCGCAAUUAGUAACACAGGGAUUGAGUCUAUAAUCAGACACAAAAAUAAUGAGAAAACAAUAACCUUCAAAAAAACGCCUCCAAUGUCUACGUACCUUGUAGUCCUGGUCGUAUCCGAUUUCGCUGGGAUAACGAACAGUGGUAUUUAUGGAGUCUGGGCCAGACCGAACGCACUUUUUCAGGCGCAAUACGCUUUAUCAGUUAUGGAGCCGUUGGUGCGAUUUUACGAAAACGCACUGUAUAUUCCAUAUCAACUGAUAAAGCUUGACAUGGUAGGGUUACCAGACUUUGCAUCAGGAGCAAUGGAGAAUUGGGGUUUAAUGACUUUCAAAGAAAGGUAUGUAUUAUAUUCGCGUGAAGAAUCGACUACGGCAUCACAACAGAGUAUAACCACCGUUAUAUCGCACGAAAUCGCUCAUCAGUGGUUUGGAAAUAUGGUCAGUCCUGCCUGGUGGAAAUAUAUCUGGCUGAGCGAGGGUUUUGCUACAUAUUUCGAGUACUUUGCAACCGCCAGGGUGACAGAUUGGAAUCUCGAAUCUCAAUUUGUAGUGGAUUACCUUCAUUCAGCCCUUGAUGUAGACAGUUCGUCAUCGAGUCAUGCCAUGACACACGAAGUAUACAGUCCAACCGAAAUUUCGGAACUAUUCGACACAAUAUCCUACGCUAAAGCUGGUUCUGUUAUAAGAAUGAUGAGAGCAUCAUUUGGUGAUGAUGUAUUCUAUAGGUCUCUUUACGGUUACCUCCAAAAACGACAGAACAGAGAAGCCACGCCACAAGACUUGUUUGAUGCGUUCAAACAAGAAAUCACUGAUCCUAAGCUUCAAAAUAGGACUUACAAUAUCAUGAACUCGUGGACCACACAGCCAGGGUAUCCUGUAGUACACGUUAGCAUACAAGAAAAUCGUAUACAAUUACAACAGAAAAGAUUUCUCAUUGAUCAAGGGAAGGCUAAUUCUAAUACUAGUUUGUGGUACGUUCCAAUUACUUGGACAUCUCUGUCUAAACCUGAUUUUAAUGAUACGACACCAAAAUACUGGCUGAACAUCGCAAAGGAUACCAUCUCACUUUCAUAUGAAGCUAAAGAUUUAUACAUAUUUAAUAUCCAACAAGCAGGCUUCUAUCGUACAAAUUACGACAACAAUUAUUGGAAACGAAUAAUUGACUUCUUGAAAAGUAAACAAUACACAAUGAUACAUGAAAUCAACCGAGCCACGAUCAUCGAUGAUUUAUGGAACUUCGGUAGAGCAGGUCACGUUGACUACGAGAUCGUGCUGUCUGCAACACAGUAUUUGGUCAAUGAAACUAAUUAUGUCCCAUGGAAAGCAUUCUUCAAAGGUUUAACCUUCUUGCGGCGACACGUUCAAGGCAGGGAUGCUUACGACGCUUACAAACAAUACGUGGCCAGAAUUGCUACCCCGAUAUACGAUUGGUUCGGACUCACGAAUGCUCAAUUGUCUAAGCAUGAAAAGCAACUAUUAGCAAUGCUAGUACGAAAGUGGGUAUGCGAAAUUGAUGCCGCUGACUGUAAGGAUAAUGCCUUGCGAAUGUUUUAUAACUGGCAAAUGGGAUAUUCUAAAAGAAUAAUGCCAAACUUCCGCAGUGCUGUGUAUUGCGAAGUUGUUAAGUUGAAUGACUUUGGUAAAUGGUAUACUAUAUGGACGUUGUACUUGGAAUCAAAAGUGGCUUCAGACAAGUCGUUGAUCCUUCAAUCUCUAGCUUGUACUACCGAUAAGCAAUUGUUGUACCAGCUUCUUCAUACAGCCAUUGAAGACAAUGGUAGAAUUAGACGCGAGGACAGUACUAGUGUAUUUUCUAAUGUCAUAGAAGCCAGUCUAGAAGGCGUUGACUACGUAAUGGAUUUCAUUAAAGCUAAUUAUAUAGACAUAGUCGAAUACUACAGAGGAACAUCGCAAAUCAACAGUAUCAUUAAUGCUUUAGCCAAAAGAGUGACCACUGAAAAUCUCUUGUCAAAGUACACCGAUUUGAUCACUUGGUUAGCUACACAGAAUCUGAUAUUUAAGAACUCGUUGAGCUUUUACAAAAGUAUCGUGGAACAAGAGUGGUCCUGGGCUGAAAACAACAUUCCAAAGAUACAGGAAUGGAUAGAAACAAAUCAUCAAACAAAUGACUACCGUCUACCAAAAUCAUUUACUCCGUUGAAAUACAACAUCUAUCUUACUCCAUACUUCGAAGCGAAGAAUUUCCAAUUCUUCGGAACAGUUCAGAUAGAGAUGAAACGUUUUGUGAGCACGUCCCGUAUAGUUCUUAAUAGUCACGAGCUUAACGUGACGAAAGUAUCAGUUUACAAUAGUAAAGGAAACUUGACCAAAGGUGAACAAUUAGUAGUAAGCAGUUUUUUCACGAACGAGGAGACUCAAAUGCUCAAGAUAUUCAUGAACAAAUUCAUAAAGAGUGAAAGCAUCAUCGUUGAGAUCGAGUAUACGGGAUACUUAAAUGAAAACAUGCAAGGCUUUUAUCGAAGCUAUUAUCGCAAUGAUAAUGGAACAAUACAGUACUUGGCGACCACGCAGUUCCAACCCACUCAUGCUAGGAAAGCGUUUCCUUGCCUCGAUGAACCAGCUUAUAAAGCUACCUUCAUAAUUAACAUCCAAAGGCCCGUAAACUACAUAGCGCUUAGCAAUAUGCCAAGUCUGAAGUUGACGUCGUCGAGCAUUUCAGGCUAUGUAUGGGAAACAUUUCGAGAAACUGUGAAGAUGUCGUCAUAUUUAGUCGCGUUUGUCGUUUCCACUUUCAAACCUGUGAGUAAGGAAUCCACAGCAGUAAAUGUAUGGAGUAGACCCAAAAUGGCAGAAACUGGCGAUUUUGCACAGUACGCUGCUCAACGAAUGCUUGACUAUUUAUCCCUGGAAACAGGCUUCAAGUACACUCUACCGAAACUGGAUUUGAUAGCAAUUCCUGACUUUUCAAUGGGUGCAAUGGAAAACUGGGGGCUUGCUACGUUUAGAGAAUAUGCGCUUCACUAUGAUAAAGACAAAACGUCAGCUACAUACACUGAUUAUAUAAUAACUAUAAUAGCCCACGAAUUAUCUCACAUGUGGUUCGGAAAUUUGGUGACCUGUGAUUGGUGGGAAUACACCUGGCUCAAUGAAGGAUUUGCUGAAUAUAUGCAGUGGGUUGUCUCUAACCAAUUUCGACCUACCCAUGAUUUCGACGAUCUCUUCGUGGUUCACGAAUUGCAAAAUGCGAUGCAGAACGAUGAUUUCAUGACGUCACACCCCAUGAACCAACCUGUCAGUAACCCUUCAGAAAUAGCUAACGUCUUCGACAGUAUUGCGUACGGAAAGGCUUCCAGUGUCAUACGUAUGAUACAUCGUGCAUUCGGACCAAACAUCUUCAAGGAUGCAAUAAACCGAUAUUUAAAAAAACAUCAGUACAGUACUGCGACACCAAAAGAUCUUUGGAAAGCCUUCGAUGAAGCAAUCAACGAAACCAGAGAAGUUGGGGACCCGCAUGUCGGUAUGGAAGAAAUAAUGAGUAGCUGGGUCAACGAAGCUGGAUAUCCUGUUGUGACAGCAUCGUUAUACGCAAAUAAAAUAACUUUAACACAGAAACGCUUCUCCUCUCGUAGAAGCGAUCGAUUAGGGGUUAAUUUCUUGAUACCAAUCACAAUAGCAUUUGCCUCUAACCCUGACUUCAUAACUACUGAAACAAAUAUAUGGAUGGGAAAAGGUAUUAUAAACAUUAAAUUACCAAAUGCAACGGAAUGGUUCGUCGUCAAUGUUCAACAAAGCGGUUACUACCGCGUAAAUUACGACUACACUUCGUGGGACCGUUUAAGAAUAGCGUUGGACAAGCCAGGUCACAGUCAAAUCCACGUGACGAACCGUGCACAAAUCGUCGACGAUGCUCUGAACCUAGCCCGCGCUAAAUACAUGAGCUAUGAUUCGGCGUUCGAUUGCAUAGCUUAUUUAACCAAAGAGGUGGAUUAUCUGCCAUGGAAAGCAUUUUUCAAUGGAAUGAGUUAUAUAAUUCAACGAUUCGAAGGACAAGACGGUUAUGAACUGCUCCAAAGACGUAUUGUGCUUCUGACAUCGAAUAUGUUUGAGGAACUCGGUUUCGUAGAUUGGAGCACCGAAACUCACUCGAGGCAACUGAACAGAGAACUGAUUUUAACUUGGGCGUGCAAAAUGGGCAACCCGAAGUGCGUAAAUAUGGCGAAGGAGUGGUUUAUGGAUUUUAAGACAAGGACUCAGAAGGGAAUAUUGAAUAGAAUUUCACCAAAUGCGAGGGCAGCAGUUUACAGUACAGCGAUCAGAAGUGGAACAUACGAAGAUUGGGAAUUCUUGUGGCAACGGUAUCUGAAAACAGAGUUUGCUACAGAGAAGAAAAUCAUACUGGAUGCUCUUGGGUGUACAACGAAUAGAACUCUUUUGAAGUCGUAUAUUUUACGUGCACUGAAUCACGAUUACACUUCUGAUAUUCGUAAGCAAGAUGUCAACGCAGUUCUAGCUUCUAUUUACAGCAGUGGGCAGUUAGGAUUUAAUGUGAUGUUGGACUUCUUGAUAAAAGAUUAUGGAACCCUUUACGCAUUUUACGGCAACUGGGGAGGUGUCGGAAGCUUGUUGUCUAAAUUAGCAUCUCGUACUUCCAAUGAAGAUCAAUUGAAAAAGAUCACUGACUUUGUGGAAUCUAAAAAGGAAUUGAUGAAAGACAUUUCAUCUACCCUUAACGCAGCCGUAUCAGCCGCAGAAGAAAGUGCUUCGUGGUACUUGAACCACAAGAUACUUACCAGGAUGGAAAAGGACCUGUUUUCGGAAGAAGUGAGUAGUCCUUACCUGAUAUAA